GCUUCCUUCCAACAUUUUCCCCUCAUUAUCAAUCCCAUUUCUCCCCUGCUUGUUGCAGGGGGCGACAAGGAUAUAAUCACCUUCAACAAUUCCUCUGUCCCCCUCACAGCCAUUAAUGGAAAAAAACGCUGCCAUCACCCUCACGAAUAACCAACUUCAACAUGAUCAUGUUGAGUUACCAAGACACCCUCGAAGGAAGAAGAACCGUGCCAUGCACGUUAUUCGCGUGGCGCUCUUCAUGAUGCGAGGAGGACGUUCUAGAAAACAAAGCGUGCUUCCGGUAGACGAUGGAUCCAAGGGCAUUUGGAGGAAACUUGUGGGGUCCAUGAGACCCUUGCACAUCCAUAGAAGCCCAUCGCAAGAAUCAAUUUCUCAUUCUUCUCCACCCAACACCACCACCACUCUUCCGCCAGCUUCUCUAUCGCUGUUGAAAGGUAAGUCCAAGAGCUGCAUGAAUUCCCCAACGGAAGAGGAGCCUUAUUCACCGUCUCCGCCGAGCACACGUUAUGCCUCAGCAGUUGGUCUCAAUGAACUCGUGCAGAGUAGUGAUGAUGACUGCGAGAAACAGGAGGUGAAGGUGAUUGUGGAGGAUGAGGACGACGAUGAUGAUGAGGAAUAUUUUGAUGGGGAUGAACAGAUUGAUGACAAGGCUGAGGAAUUUAUUGCUCAAUUCUACCAGCAAAUGAAGUUGCAGCGCUUGGAUUCUACGGAUCGUCGUUACAACGAGCGAAGUGAGAGAUCAUUAGGGGUAUGAUCAUCAUGGAUAUUAAUUAAUUCAAGUCCUCUUGUGGGAGAAUUUUAAUGCUUUUGUUAUUUAUAAAGCCUUAUGUGUAAGUUUAAGGUCUUUCUUUUUAUUCGUUAAUGUUGGUUGACUGGGAAGGUUGAAAGGAAGAAAUGCAAUAGCAAAGAACAUCAUAUAUAGAUUGAAGUGGGGAUGGCAAAGGAAGAUAGAUGAAGAAAAAAGUAUUAAAUUCAUCUAGAUUAAUUGCUUGAAAUUAUUGUAAUGUUAGGGAAAUGGAAUGUAGUGUGAUAACUAUUUGUUUCUUUUAGGGGAUUUUUAUUUGAAAUAAAACUAUUGUGGGGGCAAGGAAUUGUUUCA